AUGGUCAUCGGGGUCAACGAUUACAAACUCUCGAACUGGAACUGGCUCGACUAUUUGGUAGUUCCGAUUCAUGGCCCUCAUGUUCAAAUUAAGUGCUUGAUCCACCAGUUUUGGGUUGAACAUGAUGGUAAACGGUUGGAAAGAAAAAACAAAAAGAAACAAAUAGUAAAAAAUGGGUUCGGUCUUGAUGGAAAUUCUCGAAAAUCAGCGAGCCUGCCGGUUUCUGGUUGGGCCAAACCCUAUGAGUUAAGAAAAAAAAUUCUGCUCGACUCGAAACCAGCUCAUUCACCGUUCUUGUUUCUUGGUUGUUUAAUUGUAUCUGCUGCUUCGGCUAGAACUAAGAAACUUGUUUUAUUGGAACAUGAUGUCAAAAAGUGGAUUGCACAUGCGUGGACGAGCAGGAAAAUGAAGUCUCGAGGUGACGAUAGAAGAGUUCAAUUUAUAACAGAUAAUAUUAACAAUGAUGACUCAAUAUCGCCAGUCCGUCUGAGACAUUUAGGAUCAAGGAGUACAAAGUGA